AUGCCCGCCACCCAGUAUCCCGCCGCCUCCGUCGGCCUCAUCCCCUACGCGUACGACGCCGACGUCGACAGACACUCUGAGCCCGACGAGGACAGCUUUCUCUUCGACCCGACCUACGGCGAGCGCCGCGCCUGGUGUACGACCCUCAGCUGGUGCGGCGUCCUUAACAUCGCCAUGCUCGUCACCGUGACGGUGUCCCUCCUCGCCCUUUUCAAAUCCUACCUCAUCAUUUCCUUCUGUCACAACGACGUCCUCGCCCACAUCGCCACCGAUCAACUCUAUUGGUCAACACAAUCUCCCUUCCAGUCCAACGCGCGGAGAUACCCGCUGCCCUUCCCGCAAGACGUGUCCUAG